CACUCUCAUGUGGUUAGCACAGUAAAAGUGAACAACAGUGAGAGGGGUCAAAGGACGUCAUAUUUAUCAUUCAGAAAAUAGUGAUAAAUAGGAGCAGACAUCGCCAAGGUCUCAAAGGACAAAUAUUUUGAGAAUCAUUAUUCAUUUCACCCUUAAAAAUGUCUGAGCCAAUUCGUGUCGUGGUCACAGGAGCCGCCGGUCAAAUCGCCUACUCCCUUCUUUACAUGAUCGCAAAAGGCGACGUUUUCGGCCCCAAUCAGCCCCUUAUCCUCCAUUUACUCGACAUCCCACCCAUGAUGGGUGUCCUGGAAGGCGUGGUGAUGGAACUGGCGGACUGCGCUUUGCCCCUUUUACGGGGUGUAGUCCCUACCGCUGACCCAGCUGAGGCUUUCAAAGGCGUUGUUGCAGCUUUCCUCGUGGGGGCCAUGCCUCGCAAGCAAGGAAUGGAGCGCAAAGACUUGCUCUCAGCCAAUGUGAAAAUUUUCAAAGUUCAAGGAGAAGCCCUAGAUCAAUACGCUGAUAAAAAUGUCAAAGUUUUAGUUGUUGGAAACCCUGCAAACACCAAUGCUUUGAUCUGCUCCAGAUUUGCCCCCUCUAUCCCAAAGGAGAAUUUUACAGCUAUGACCAGACUGGACCAAAACAGGGCUCAAGCCCAGAUUGCGGGCCGAGUCAAUGUCCCAGUCGCUAAUGUUAGUAAUAUCGUUAUCUGGGGAAAUCACUCUUCCACCCAAUUUCCUGAUGGGUCCCAUGGGCAAGUCAAGAUGGACUCUGGGAAAACUGUGUCGGUCAGAGAGGCUGUCGGGGAUGACGCUUGGUUGAGGUCGACUUUUGUAGAAACUGUGCAAAAAAGAGGGGCUGCCGUAAUCAAUGCCAGGAAAAUGUCUUCCGCAAUGUCAGCUGCCAAGGCUGCAGGGGAUCAUAUGAAAGAUUGGUUCCAUGGGACCUCAUCUGGGCAGUUUGUCUCCAUGGGUGUGAUCAGUGAUGGGAGUUAUGGUACUCCCAAAGACGUCGUUUUUUCAUUCCCUGUCACUAUUAAAAACAAGAAAUGGGAAAUUGUGAAGAAUUUGCAAAUUGAUGAUUUUGGCAGAAAGAUGUUAGACAUUACUGGAAAAGAACUAGAAGAAGAGCGAGGCGAAGCACUUGCUAUUAUUGGAGCAUGACUCGUAAAUAAGCUUUAAUAAUCCAAACUAGACCAAAAUUUCGUAAUAUGAAAUUUUGGGUUCUAAAAUCGGAAAGAAUAUUUUUAUACAAAAUUCAUGUGCUUUAGGCCCGAACCGAAAAACCGCAUUUUUUAAGUAGCUAGUUUGAGUUAUUAAAGCUUUUUAUUGGUUUUGGGCAAUUAUUUAAUGUAUUUUUUGGUGUAAUGUGAGUUGUGGCAUGAUAUAAAAAUAGUAGCGAUAAAUGUUGUUGAAAUAUAAUUGUUAUCAAAGUCAAA